CAUACGUCUCCAGACGAAGAAGAAGCUGUUACGACACUGAGGUUCGCUUUACGGAUCACGCAGCGUUCCUGGCUACCUGGUGCUGGUCCGGUGUUCACAGCAGAUGAAACAGAAUUUGUCGGUUGUUUUUAGUCUCUAAGUUUAAUACCCGAGCCCUGAACAGGAGCUCCUCUCCGUCCGUCCACCGGUUCUGACCCGGUCCGCUCGCUGGAGAGAAAUGGCGGCUCAGGGAGGAGUUCUGUUCCAGGAGAAGGUCAGCAGGCUGCUCAGCAGGGAGAACGGGAAACCGGUGCUGAAGCCCAACAGACCGCUGAUCCUGAAGGACUCUGUGGGCAACAGGAAACCCAGGAAAGGAGAGGCUUCCUGCGUCACUGAGAUGUCCCUACUGAUGGCCUGUUGGAAGCAGAACAACUUUGUGGACAGCCUUUGCUCUAAUGAGAUCAACACCUUCUACACGUGUGUUCACAAAGCGGAGGCAGCAAGGAAGAACAAGUCUGAGCAGAGCAAUGUGACUGGAGGUCGUCUGACACCGAAACAAGCCACCACUCUGCUGAAGAGAUUUCCUAACCUGCGAUCUGAGAUCUAAGAUGGAUUCUAUUAUGUGUUGCCUGUAUUUCCCCUCUGUAAUGAUGAUUUAUAUGUACAUUUUUUCAAUAAAUUGUUUAGUUUACACAA